GCUCACUUGCCCAGGAUUAAGUGGGAUCGAGAGAGAUUACAGCCCUCUCUCUCUCUCUCUCUCGCUCUCUCUCUUUCUCUCUCUCCCUCUCUCACUCCCCCAGCUCGAUGACAGCGGAGUGCUCCCUCCACGCUCCGGGGAAUAUUUUCCCAGAAUAUCUGCACCCAUAGGUGCUGAAACCUGCCGGGAUCUGCACCUGAGAGGCCGGAGGAUCCAGACACGCGGAGGUUCCUGUCAGUGCUUCUAAGCGGUCAGAGGGUGGUCAGGGUCAAAGGUCACGGGUGCAGUGACCAUGAGGCAGGCGGUGGAGGCUCAGGUGUUAAACCCCCACUGUGAACUAGGAGAACACGGCCUGCGUCAGAUCCUAACAGACGUGAUCGAGGAGGUGAGGCAGUCGGUUCACGAGGAAAUCGACGGGGCCGAGUUGCUGCACAGUCUCCUGAACGCCCCGUGGCUCCAGUCGCUGCUCAAGAUCUAUGAGUGUCUGCAAAAGUUCCAGAAAGGUUCUCCAUCGCCAGCCCUGAAGUAUGCGUCCGGACUGUCCCUGCAGUUGUUGAUAGACAUCAAGUCGCUGCCCGGCUGCUCCAGCGAGGCCAAAGAACUCCACAAUCUCCUUCGACAGCCGCACAUCCAGGCGCUCCUCUCUGCCCAUGAUUCGGUGGCCCAGAAGGACUAUGAGCCGGUGCUGCCGCCAAUGCCGGAGGAGCUGCCGGACGACGAGGAAGCCACCAGGAUCGUCUGCCUGGUGAAGAACAAACAGCCGCUGGGAGCAACUAUAAAGAGGAACGAGGCCACAGGGGAGAUUUUCGUGGCUCGGGUGAUUCAUGGAGGGCUGGCUGAUCGAAGUGGUCUGCUCCAUGCAGGGGACAGGAUCAUCGAGGUGAAUGGUUUUCCUGUGAAUGGGCUGGAACCUGAACAAGUUAUCCAAGUUGUGCAGGCCAAGUCACAAGGCACCAUCAUGUUCAAGGUGGUUCCCAUCACAGAGCGGCCGGUGCACAACCAGACGAUGCUGUACGUGCGGGCGAUGGCCGACUACAGCCCCCAGCAGGACCCCUCCAUCCCCUGCGCUGACGCCGGGAUGGGCUUCAAGAAGGGCGACGUGCUGGAGAUCGUGGACCAGACGGACGCCCUCUGGUGGCAGGCCAGGAAACUGCCCAGCAUCUCCGCCUGCGCCGGCCUCAUCCCCUCCACCAACCUGCUCAAACGGAAGCAGAGGGAGUUCUGGUGGUCUCAGCCUUAUCAGCCGCACGGCUGCAUCCAGACCCUGAGCACUGUCGACGAAGAAGAGGAUCUGAUCGCAAUCGAUGAUAAAUGUGUUGAAGCAGACGAGGAGGCGUUUGAAUCUGAGGAGCUCCGAGUCGAGGAGGAUGAGUUCUGCAGUAACAGUUACGGCAUCUACCUAGCGGGCUUCAGGCGCAGCAUGCGUCUGUGUCGGCGGCGGAGUCACAGCAUCAGCCAGCCGUCCUGCCACAGCCGCUGCGCCACCACCUGCCACGGCACCCUGGCCAGCCCGUACGAGGAGGUGGUCCGCUACCAGCGCCUCCCGCAGGACACGUACCGCCUCAUCGCCCUGCUCGGUCCUUCUGGUGUUGGUGUGAAUGAACUCCGGAGGCGCUUGAUUGACAUCAACCCCGGCAUCUUCCAGGGACCCAUUCCUUACACCACGAGGGCGCCGAAGAGUUAUGAGGAGUCCGGCAGGGAGUAUCACUUCACCAGCCGGGAAAUGUUCGACAACAUGGUCUACAACAACAAGUUUCUGGAGUACGGCGAGUACAAAGGCAACAUGUACGGCACCAGCAUCGAGACUGUGAAGGAAAUCCUGACCAGAAAGAUCUGUGUCGUCGACAUAGAGCCGAAUGCCAUUCAGGCAGUGAGGACACACGAGCUGAAAGCCUACAUCAUCUAUGUGAAGCCCCCAUCGAUGGACCGCCUCAGGCAGACCAGGCAGGACGCGCAGAUCACCACCAACUACUACAUCAACCGACCCUUCAAAGACGAGGACUUCCAGGACAUGGAGGACGCCGCCCGCAAGAUGGAGUCGCACUACUGGCACCUGUUCGACAAUGUCAUCGUCAACGACAGCCUGCAGGAGGCCUGUCUGCAGCUGCUGACGGCGGUGAGGAGGGCCCAGGACGAACCGCAGUGGGUCCCCGCCAGCUGGAUACGACCGACCAACCAGCCGUGAGACGGGAGAGAAAACCAGGGGAGGAGGAGAAGGAUGAAGGAUGAAGAGGAAAGAGCGAGAAAUGGGCCUCGUUGCUUCAUCGAAGCCACUUUGAGCCGACGUCACACUUGAUUCGGGAAGCUUUACUCAUGUUGUGUACCAAGAUGUACAUCGUGGAAAUGUCACAAAUCAGAUAUUUCACAUUUCUCACUCCUCACAGAAAAAAAACGCUUCAAAAACAAUUGGAUCUCACAAAACAAGAGUAAUAUUUCAUCAAUUAAUUAAAUGUUUAGCUCCUCUGUGGGUUAAGUUGACAUUAAAGAUAUACAUGUGUUUCACCACACAAGUGGCAUGUAGGUUAAAGCAAUAUAUCUGCCCCUGGAUCUAGCCUGAGAAACUGGCUAACUACCAUAAUUAACAAAAUUGAAUCCUCAAAACUCAAUCCUGUGAGUAAAGUUUCCCACACCGAGUGCAACUUAAAAUCAAAAAUGGCCACUGUGUGAACGGAUGGGUGGAUCGAUUGUUUUUGUCACAGAAAGUGAGCAAAAAACGAGAGACUCUGGAAAAUGUGGUUGAAGGAAUCCCCCCCAUAUCAAAUACAUAUCAAAUCUUUUUGUGCAGCUUGUGUUAUGUCUAAUAUUGAGUGUUUGAAUUUGAGUUUAGUGACUUGGGAAGAAAUUAUCCAGAUAUGCUGACAGCGGUGCCGUUUCUUGCAGUGACGGAGCAGAAACACCGAAAAGCCACCUGACUGUCUCUGGAUGUGGGAUUUGUGUUUCGAUAUCAAGCGGUGUGCACAAAGCCUGCGCAAUUAAUCAAAAGUACCGUUAUAAAUGGCAAUUUGAGAAACAUGAAACGUCUAAUUUCACCGACAAAGCUGCUAAAUCCUCCAUGAACAAGUGCAUUACCUAAUUCUGUUCUUCAGAUCAGGGAUCGGUACAUUGUGACGAUGAGUGCAUGUAAUCGCAACGCCCAGCAAAAUAACGAGGAUUUUUGUUUUAGCUAUAACUGUGCAGCCCCUAAAUUUUAGACCAGGUUUGGAUGAUCAUUUUCCACAUUGCAAUGAGUUAAAUAAUAGAUUUGAUUACACAAAUUCACCAAUUUAAUCACCAUGCCCGCUUCCUCAAGGAAUAGUGAUGUUAGAGUCUGUGUUUUAUUAGUUCUGGGGUUAUUUUGCACCUGAAAUAUACAAAAUAUUAAGGUUAAAUGGACAGUUUGCUCUUCUUUACAAACUAAGUAGGCUAGUGUUUGUAGUUCAGAACACAUUACCAACCAUUAUUUCAAGACCUGCAAAAUUACGUCAGCUGUUAUGCAAUCUCAAUGCCUUCCCUGAGAACAUGCAUCAUCAUAAAAUGAAUAAUCUUUUUUUUUUUUUUAAAGUCAUGAUGAAAUCCAGUCACCGUGGGGCUUUUUAUGGAUUGUACUUAACCGAUUGGAAAGCAGCUCGCUGUUUGUAAUCAUUUUAUGAGUUAUAGUCUUCAUCCGUGAAGAUAAAUGGAAGCCACCCACUGGCCAAAAGCUGGUCUAAUGUUGGCUGUGUCUACUUUACACUCACUUUGGCGGCUGUAACUUUUAUUUUGGAGGCUCAGUUCUAUUCUAAAAACGUAAAAUAUUGAAUUUGGCGGAUUAAUUCUUUGGAUGCUGCAGUGGAGAGAUUCAACAUAACUUUUCUAGUGCAUGAAAACUUCUGGCUAAUCCAAAAACUUCGGCCAAUUUCAUUAUUUCACCAGACAAAUCAAAUUUGCAAUAGAAAAGAGCCUUCUACCAAUAUUUUUUUCACUUGUAGCUGGGGAAUAAAUAAUAAAAAUCUGUUUCCUGGCUGCUAUCCAGUCCUGUAGAUAUAGGGCUGUGGUAAAGGGAUGCCACCUUUCUCAUUUGAUGUUUACAUAGAAAGCGAAAUGAUUUCUUA